AUGCCGCGGAGAUCGAAGGACAGUCCCGAAAACCUACACAAGCAGCGCUGUCACAGCUGGGAUUACGACAUCAAGGACUGGGGCGAUAGCAUCGUGAGCCGAUUCGACCUUGUGUGCGACCGCAAGUUUCUGUUCACCAUGGCGUCGCUUUUACCGACCCUAAGCUAUGCUGGGCUCAUGCCCGUGGCGGGGUUUGCGGCCGACCGACUCGGCAGGAAACCGGUGAGCACGAUCUCCGGCUGCGUACUUCUCGUCGCCGUCGUCGGCUGCAGCGUCGCCGUCAACUACACCAUCUUCCUCGUCAACCGCCUCGUGCUGAUCACGUGCGGCGCCUUCUCGUACCUGACGACGUUCGUCCUGCUGUACGAAGUGACCGGAAGCGCGCAGCGCUGGGUUGCCACGCUUCUCCACAUGGCGGUGGCUGCUACCGUAGUUCCGCCGUUCUUGAACCUCCUCUCCGCACAGGAGCCGAGCUGGUCGCUCGCCCACGUCGUCUUCAUCGUCCCCACGGCCGUGUUCGCCACUUGGUGCUCGCAGCUGGACGAGUCACCCGUGUGGCUCCUCGCUACACGAAGGGUGAAGAAAGCCAAGCGAGUGAUCCUCGCCGCUGCCCGGUUGAACCACGUCGACGAGGAGAAGGCCAAGGAGCGCUUGCAAGCUCUGUGCGCAGAGCUGAGGAAGAUGCAGCACAGUGACGAUACGUUGAUGUUGCCGAGCUCACUGUCAGACGCCGUCUUAGAGGUCAUCAAAAUGCGUCGCCACGCCGCAGCCGCCUUCUUCUCGAGGUUCGCGUGUGGCGGCGUCUUUUUCGGUCUCAUGAUCACCGACACGCUGUCGGGGCUCUAUUGGCAGGGGGCGCACGUAGUUUUCUCCGUGGCCUGCUACAUCGUCAUAACGCGGGCGAUGAACAACUACGGCCCGCGCCACACGCUCCAGGGCCUCCUGGCCGCAACUUGCUCGAGCGCCGUCGCGAGGGCAACUUCCGCGUACGUCGGCUUCGACACCGCGGCCUCCUGCGUACGCGCGUCCAUGAAGAUCCUGGCAUCUGGUUCGGUGAGCGUCGUCAUGUGCUACCUGGGGGACAUUUUCCCGGCGCAAAACCGGUGCACCGGCAUGGGUCUGUCGAUUGUGAUCGGCGGCAUCGGAUCGAUCAUUGGAACCUCCCUCGCCAGCGUUCGUACCGUGCGCCCGGGCUUCGUCUUUGACGUCUUUUACGCCGUCAUGAUGCUGCUCAGCAUCUUCGCCGUCCAGUGGCUCCCGGAAGUGUUCAUCGAGAAGCCGCAUUCUCCGUACGUCACGAGUCCCGAUGAGCGUAAGAUGGCUAUGCAAGCCUCUCUGAAGCACAAGAAAAAACCGCGCGCCAGACAUCAACGUGAAAGCAAGACAAAUGUUGGACAAAGGACCCUGUCCUGA